CUGGUUUUUUUGUGUGUGCGCGCUUUGGGGAGUGUAAGUGCAAGCUUGUUUCGCAACUCUCAAAGCUGAAAAAAUAUUGCUGUAUUCUGCUUAUUACCCACUACCCCAAAAACCAAAACACAUGCUCUCCCAUUUCCCCAACUCUUUUCAUCAUCACCACCACCAUCUCCUUCUUUCUUCUCCUUCUUCUUCUUCUUCUUCUUCUUCUUCAACAUUCAUCCAAUCUUCUUCAACUUCCUCAGAGUUUUUGUUGAAUUGGGUAAUACAGCAAGUUAGCAAACAUGAUCACACUAACAGAUUUCUACCAUGUUAUGACUGCAAUGGUUCCACUCUACGUGGCCAUGAUCUUAGCCUAUGGCUCGGUGAAAUGGUGGAAGAUCUUCACCCCUGACCAGUGCUCUGGCAUCAACCGGUUUGUGGCUCUGUUUGCAGUCCCUCUUCUCUCCUUCCACUUCAUCUCUCUCAAUGAUCCCUACACCAUGAAUUUCCGGUUCAUUGCUGCUGAUACCCUCCAGAAAAUCAUCGUUUUAGCUGUUCUUGCAAUUUGGACUAAGAUUAGCAAAAGGGGUUGCUUGGAAUGGACGAUUACUCUCUUCUCACUCUCAACUCUCCCAAACACUUUGGUCAUGGGCAUUCCUCUGCUCAAAGGAAUGUAUGGUGAAUUUUCUGGGAGUUUGAUGGUUCAAAUUGUGGUUCUUCAGUGCAUCAUUUGGUACACUUUGAUGCUUUUCUUGUUUGAAUACAGAGGCGCUAGAAUGCUCAUCUCUGAGCAGUUUCCAGACACUGCCGGCUCCAUUGUCUCAAUCCAUGUCGACUCUGACAUCAUGUCACUCGAUGGAAGGCAGCCGCUGGAAACCGAAGCUGAAAUCAAAGAAGAUGGGAAGCUCCAUGUCACUGUGAGAAAAUCAAAUGCUUCAAGAUCAGAUAUCUUCUCGAGAAGGUCUCAAGGUUUGUCAUCAACCACUCCCAGACCCUCCAAUCUAACCAAUGCAGAGAUAUAUUCCUUGCAAUCUUCAAGAAAUCCUACUCCAAGAGGGUCUAGUUUCAAUCACACAGAUUUUUAUUCAAUGAUGGCUGGUGGGAGGAAUUCGAACUUUGGAGCAUCUGAUGUUUAUGGCCUCUCAGCUUCGCGAGGGCCAACACCAAGGCCUUCGAAUUACGAGGAAGACGGCGCUGGAGUCGGCGGUAAGCCGAGGUUCCAUUACAAUACCGGCGCCGGUGGAGCAGGGCACUACCCUGCACCAAACCCAGGAAUGUUUUCCCCAACGGGAUCGAAAAAUGUUGCUGCUAAUGCUAAUGCAAAUGCAAAGAAGCCUAAUGGCCAAGCUCAGCAGAAGCCAGAAGAUGGAGGUAGAGACCUUCAUAUGUUUGUUUGGAGCUCUAGUGCUUCCCCUGUUUCUGAUGUCUUUGGAGGCCAUGAAUAUGCAGCUCAUGACCAGAAAGAAGUGAGAAUGGCCGUUUCUCCCGGAAAAGUGGAGGGUAACAGAGAAAAUCCAGAGUAUUUAGAGAGAGAUGAUUUCAGCUUCGGAAACAGAGUGUUAGAUGGACAGAUGGAGAAUAAUCAUGAAGCUCCAAAAGUUGGAGAUGGGAAACCAAAAACCAUGCCACCAGCUAGUGUCAUGACAAGGCUUAUUCUUAUCAUGGUCUGGAGAAAGCUCAUCAGAAACCCCAACACCUACUCAAGCUUAAUAGGCCUCACUUGGUCUCUAGUCUCAUUCAGGUGGCAUGUUAAAAUGCCAGACAUCAUAGCAAAGUCCAUUUCCAUACUGUCGGAUGCAGGGCUUGGCAUGGCCAUGUUCAGUCUUGGUCUGUUCAUGGCUUUGCAACCGAGGAUCAUAGCAUGUGGAAAUUCCAUUGCAGCUUUUGCCAUGGCCGUGAGAUUCCUGGCAGGUCCAGCUGUCAUGGCUGCAGCUUCCCUUGCUGUUGGCCUUAAGGGAGUUCUCUUACACGUUGCCAUUGUCCAGGCAGCUCUCCCACAAGGAAUUGUCCCCUUUGUCUUUGCCAAGGAGUACAAUGUACAUCCUGAUAUUCUCAGCACAGGAGUUAUAUUUGGGAUGUUAAUUGCAUUGCCCAUAACCCUCGUCUACUACAUUUUGUUGGGGCUGAGUUGGUAGAAAUCAUAGAAGAAAUUUGGCUUCCAUGGCUUCCAUGCAAAAGCUUGAGCAGGCGAGCAAUGCAUUCAAAAGUGGGAGGUUGAAGUCAAAAAGCAUGAUGAAAAAUAGGAUCCGGAGAAUGAAUCUUUUCUUCUGCAUUGCCCGUGCUAGUAAAGUUGUAAAAUCAUGUUUGUAGUCAUCAAUUUAUAUAUAUAAAAAAAAAAAAAAAAAAAGUUUCUCUAGUUAAUUAUAAGCCAUAAUUUCCUUCAAUUCUAUUCCUAGAAUUUAUGCUUUACCAAAAGCAACAGAAACAAGUAAAAGGAAAAGCAAAGGAGGGAAAGGAAAGUUGUUUAUGUGAUGAUUCCCUUCCUUACAUUAUACUCUUGUUCUAUUUGAAUGGCAGAUGUUUUCAAUCUUUCUUUUC